AUGAAAUAUUUAAGCCAUAUUUUGGCUGCUCGAGCAGUGGCCAAUACCCUCAAAUCAUCGCUUGGGCCACGUGGCCUUGACAAAAUGCUUGUUUCGUGCGAUGGUGAUGUGACCAUAACAAACGAUGGUGCAACGAUCAUGGAGAAGAUGGAUGUGCAGCAUCAUGUGGCCCGUUUGAUGGUUGAACUUUCGAAAAGUCAGGAUGCCGAGAUCGGCGAUGGCACCACCGGUGUUGUUGGUAAAUUUUUUUUUUUGAAAAUCUCAUGUGCUGCACAGUUUUUCCAUCGUAUAAUACCGUUGAUGGUCAAUGAGAAAGCUACCGGGAACACCGGGGUUUCCGGAUGGGUUUUUUGA